GUAAACGUGGUCUAGAACAGCUUUGAUGGAUUUUGUACCUAGCGAGCAGAAGCUCUCUCUCUGCCACUCACUCACACUACCUCCUCUAACCAGGCUUUUUGUCUAGUUAUUUUAUUUUAUUUUAUUUUAGUUAUUCACAAUAGAGACUCCCUAGUAUUUAUCAUCUAAUUAGCCGGACCUGUUCUUCGAAGCAGGCAUUUGCCGUCUCACAAGUCCUCUCGCUCUCUCUCUCCGCUUCGCGACACGCCAUGAAGCUCCCCUAUCAGUGUCUAAGCCGGCUCGGGCCGGGCUCCAUCUUCUGCGCCGCCCGGGGGGCCAGCAUCUGCACCUUCGACCUCGGUGCAGAGCCUCCGUUCGUCGCAUCGUGGACACAUCCCCUGGCGAGGGCUCCCCCGAAGGCUGCGGCUGCUCGCGAAGAGCAAGAGCCCGCCGAGCAGGGUGGCGACCAGCCCCCGCCCAAGAAGCGGAGGCUCGACCCGAGCGAGGACAGGAACCCCCCCGAUGCCGAGGGGGCGGAUGGCAAAGCCGCGGCCGAAGCGGCACCGCCUGCACCGGACGGCGGCGCGCAGGAGGUGAAGCCGAAGCCGAAGCCGAAGCCAAAGCACAACCCCCGAGGCCAGGGGUCGGAACUGCCGUUCGUCACCAUCCUGGCAGCCACCGAAGACGGGAGCCAUGUCGUCGCGGUCACCGGCCAGGACAAAACGCUGUGGACGUUCGAGCACGACGGCGGGGGCGUGCUCAAGGAGCUCAGUCAAAGAGCCAUGCCCAAGCGCCCCAGCUCCGUCGCCAUCACCAGCACCGCGAGCGGGCUUACCAUCCUGUGCGCGGACAAGUUCGGCGACGUCUACGCCCUCCCGCUCGUCCCCUCCGCCUCCCCCGCUCCCCCCCCUAGCGCGGACCCGGCCACCCCCACCCCUAUCUCCGCCGGCGCGCCCCCCGCCGGGCCCGCGAAGCCCGCCGCGAACCGGUUUACGGUGCACUCGAAGCGCAACCUGCGCGCGCUGGAGGAGCAGCAGCGGCUGCUCGCGAACCGGCCGCGCGAGCCGGCCGCCGCGGCGUCGCGGGACGGCCCCGCCUUCGCGCACGAGCUGGUGCUCGGGCACGUGUCGAUGCUCACGGCGCUGGUAGUCGCCUCGUUCCCGCCUCCUACGCCCUCCUCUUCUUCUUCUUCCGCCCCCGCCAGCCCCUCCUCCGCCCCCGCCCCGUCCGGCGCCGGCGCCACCCGGCCCUACAUCAUCACGGGCGACCGCGACGAGCACAUCCGGGUGUCGCGCGGGCUGCCGCAGGCGCACGUCGUCGAGGGCUACUGCCUGGGCCACGCCGCCUUCGUCGCCGCGCUGUGCGCCCCGCCGUCGCGCCCCGGCCGCCUCGUCUCCGCCGGCGGCGACGACCACCUCCUCCUCUGGGACUGGCCCGCCCGCCGCCUGCUCCGCCGCGUCGACCUGCUCGCCCGCGCCCGCGCCCUCGUCCCCGACGCCCCCCGCGUCGCCGCCUCGCGCCUCUACUCGUACGUCGACGGCGGCGGCAGCGAUCCCUCCUCCCCGUGCUACGUCCUGGCCAUCUGCGAGCUCGUCCCCGCGCUCUUCAUCUUCGAGCUGCCGCCCGACGGCUCCACUCUCGCACAUGUCCAGACCCUGGCCCUGCCCGGCGUGCCGCUCGACGCCGUCGUCGUCCCGCAGCCUCCGCCCGCCACGGAGGCCCCGCCCCUCUCCGUGCUCGUCGUCGCUGUCGACCCGCGGGCGGACCAGGAGGAAGCGGGGGCGGGGGCGGGGAUGCAGGCGGAGCUCGAUUCCCCGUCGCACCUGCUCCUGUACGAGCGCGAGGGCCCGCACGCGGCGACCUGGGUCCGCCGCGGGGCCGUCGCCGCCGCGGGAGGCGGCAGAGAUCAUCUGGACAUCUCCCGUGCCGAGCUCGACGCGAUCUUAUACCCGGUCGGGAACCUGCGCAAGACCGAGUUCGAGCUCGAGGACGACGCCGAGGGCCCCCCUGCCCCCGGCCUGGGCGAGGAGGGGGCCGAAAUGCCUGCCUAGGUUAGGUCCAGGCCUCCUCCGUCCCGGUCGAGUCAAUACGAAAGUUAGGCGCUUCUGAAACCCUCCCCGUGUGAUCGCGUAUUGUGUACGCUGGCUGUUACUGCCAUUCUAUCGUGCAUGACAGACUCCGCCGGUCGCGAAGAGGAGGAAUUGCCCCUCGUCUAGGGGAGCGGAGGAAGUCACCGACGCGCAAGGUGCUCAGAGCCUACUUUGUCUAGGAGUGCGCUGCUAUCCUGGAAAGGCAAGCACCAAUUCACACACAAAUCAACGUGGCUGCAGCGGUAACGGCAAUGUCGGAGACGACGAUAAUGCAAAUAAGUAUCGGAUUAAAGCACAUCUGUCCGUUAUUCCUCUAUGAUCCGUCUUAACGCCAGCUCGUAAAAAAGCGUCACGAGGGGAUGACGCCCGGUGUGGUCAAUGGUGGAUGGGUAGAUAGAGAAAUAGCCGCAAACAGAGUCACCUACCCUCUCCACUAAGCGAGACGCGGGCUGUCCCUUCGUCGAGCG